AUGUUCGUUGGACAUGACAUCCUCAUCGGAGCAGACGUUUACGGGCAAAUCAUCACGCCCAAUAUUAAUAGACAUUCUCCACUCAUGCCGAUCGCGCAACUCUCCAUUUUCGGAUGGCUCGUUCUUGGACCAGUCAACAGAGAAGCAGUACGCACAUCAACGCAUCAUGCUGCUACUCAAUCCAACGAGGAUGCUCUUAAUGAGCUAUUGACGAAAUUUUGGGUUCAAGAGCAGGUGCCUACUCACGAUGUCAAUCAAUUCACUCCUGACGAGCAGAGGUGCGAAGAGCACUUCAAGACUACAUACUCUUGUGAUUCUUCAGGGAGGUACGUCGUCAGGAUUCCACUUAAAUCACCAGUGGAUCUUCUGGGUGACUCUUACAACAUCGCUCAUCAAUGUCUCAAAGAAUUACGCAGACGAUUCUCAAGGGAUGUGAAUUAUAAACGUCUCUAUAAAAAAUUCAUGAUUGAUUACGAGACACUCAACUACAUGACGAAGGCAUCAUCCAUCUCCAGUCAUCGCUCACAUUUCUACUUGCCGCAUCACGGUGUCCUCAAGCCUGACAGUACGACAACGAAACUGCGGGUCGUUUUUAAUGGCUCUAGCGCAUCCACAUCAGGCUACUCUGUCAACGACCUCAUGUACACUGGAGCGAAAUUGCAUCUGAACAUCUCAGAUGUUCUCCUAUGA